GGACACGACGGGGUGGACACAUGCAAGGGGUUGGGCAUACGUGGGCACGGACACGAGGGGGACACACGGACACGACGAAGGGACACACGUGCAGGGAAUGGGAGCAGGUAGUCACGAAGGGACUCGGACACCAGGGGGCGGACACGGUGUGACACGAGGCGACACGCAGGGACAAGGAUGGACACAGGGGGGUGGACGUGGAGGGACACGAUCACCGGAGGGACAUGGGGAGUGGACACUCGGGACGCUGAGUUGCAGACACGGGGAGGGGACACCAGGACGAGGACACCCACACUGCCAGGGGACACAGCCGCAGAGUCCCCCGGCUCCCACCCGGCCCCGGGGUCCCCUCACACGCGGGGGGUCCCUGUGCUGCCGGGGGGGGGCGGCAUUUGAGCACACCCGUGUGGGUGUCCCUGUGUGCCCUCGCGCGUGUCCCCCACCCCUCGGGUCACCGGGACACUCAGUGCCAGGGGGAUGCUCAGCACCCCAAGAAAGGACCGGGGGUCUGGCAGGGGUCAGGGGGUGCUGACUUGGGGGUGCUGCCCCCCUGCCCCCCCCCCCCCCCCGGGGCCGGCUACGCCCUGGCAGGGUGACACGGGACAGCCGGACCCGCCUGUUCCUCUUCCCCACACCAGGCAGCAGCGGCCGGAGCGCAGGCUCCCGCUGCGGUGGAAGGACCAUGGGGCUCCCUGCGGCCCUGCUCGUGGUGCUGCUGCUGCUGCACCCCGAGACCGCCCUGUUCGUCUUCUCCCCCUGUUUCCCCUUGCUGCUGGACAUUUAUGAAGAGCUGGACCUGACCAACAGGAGCAGUGGCUGUGCCGAGCUGGACUGGAGCCCGUUCCACCGGCAUCGCCGGCUGCUGCUGAGGCACAACGGCAUCGAGGCCCUGAGCCCCUCGGCCCGCCUCGGGCCCAGGAUGGAGGAGCUGGACCUGGCGGAGAACCGGCUGCGGGAGCUGCCCGAUGGGUUCUUCACCAACGCCACGGCCCUGCGGAACCUGAGCCUGGAGGGGAACCCCCUCCCCGCCGUGCCCUCCGCCGCCUUCCAGCCCACGCUGAGCUCCCUGUCCGUGUCCUGCCGCUGCGACGUGCUGGGCAGCGUCCUGGCCCACUGUGCCCGCCCGGGGAUCCGCUGCCUGUGCUUCACAUCCCACCAGAAUCCCUUCAACGCCACGGAAUUCCACGACCGGGAAUGCGGGCCCGGCGCGGGGCUGGUGGCCGGGGUGGCCGCUGCGGUGGCCGCGCUGGUGGCCGCGCUGGUGGCCGCGGUUUGGUACCGGCGGAGGAGAGCGGGAGCCGCGGUGGGCGGCGUGGGGAGGGGGAAGCAGGAUCCCGCUGGAAACCUCCGGCAGCCCCGUUACAUCAGCCGGGACACCGGGAGCGGCCCCGCCGAUGUCGCCGAUGUCCCCGACUACGAGAACGUCUUCGUGAGUCCCGGCACGGCCCCGGCUGCUGCGCACGGAUGGGCGCCGGCGUGGCAGGAGCCGCGCUACAGCCCGCAGGUCCCGCUGGAUGAGGAUUAUUUCCUGGAGGGCGCGGCCGAUCCCGGGGACCAGCCCAUCUACGCCAACACUCUGGCCCCCACCGAGGACGUCUACAUCAUUCCUGACCAGUGAGGGGCUGGGGGGACACUGGGAGGGCUGGGGGGACCCUCUCUGUCCCCCGCUGCUGCCCUUUCCCAGGCUGUCCCCCAGCCCGGAGGGGACAGGGACAUUCCGCGGGGCCGCGCGUGGUUCCCACACGCAUCCUGUGGGAGCGCCUUUUGCAGGGGGGAUGUUUUUGGCAGCCCCGGUCCCCCCACUUCGCCCCAGUUCUCACUCGGAGGUGAGGGCUGAGCUGACAUUUCCUCCCGGGGCUGCGGGGACGCCUCCUGGUGCCGCAUCCGCCGGCAGCUGCCCCCGGGGCCGGGCCACGCACGGGGCACCGGGGCCGGCUGGAGGAGCCGGGGCUGACCACGGCCUUGGCUUCCUCUUCCCCUUUUGGGGCCCACGGGGAGCGUGGGGUGCGCGCUCGCCUGGGGACGCGCUGGCGGUUGGGGACAUCCGGUGCCACCUGCUCGAUCUUUCCUGCUAAAUCGGCCACUUCGGGGAACGAAGAAAAAGCUCCUUUUUUUACUCCUCCGGGUGGCACCCCGAGCUGUUGGGUUGCAUGGGGACCUAGGGAUCCCACGGCUUGUCUGGGUGUCCCCUCAGUCCCUGGGAGGUUUCAGUGUGCCCCAUUAAAUGGUUUAAUUAUCUCUAA